AUGGACGAGCUGAGAGAAGUCACUUAUCAGUAUACUAAUGUGGCUGAUCCUGUCGAAAGCGCUGCAAGAAAACAUAGAGUACUAAACGGAGAGGCCUAUGGACUUGUGGAAACUACAGCUGCAUCUAUUAUGGAAGCGGAGCUCUUGGCACAACAAUCUUAUCUUGCAGCAAGAGCGGCAGAAGCACCUACUGAGGAAAUGAUGAUACCACAAAACACAAGUAAUCUCCCCCUCACAACAACACAACCUGCUCAGCAAAGCAAAAAAAGAGGAAGACCUCCAAAACAGAGGGAUUUGCGCAUCAGUCCCAAAGUCUUUAAGGGAGAAAGUUCUAGAAAACGUAACCUGACAAUGGCAUCGGCCUCACCUGCAAACAAAUCCGGAAAGACCUCUAGGAGAACUAAUAUUGUAGGUAAUAGCGUUGCGGGCACCAACUCGAAUCCAACUCGACCAAAGACUCAGCUGUUUCCAGCAAUCCAGCGACUAAAGGAGAUCCGGAAGAAGAUCUCACCCGACAUAAUUUUCCUAUCGGAAACAAAGAUCGCUGAUUCUUUUGUACUCAAGGAACUGGACUUCCUGGCCUCGGAUAAACACUUUCUGCUGCCUCCAUCUAGCCCAAGUAGUGGAGGACUUGCGCUCUUCUGGAAGCCGGAGGUGGAUGUCCAGAUCCUCUCUUCAUCACAGAACUACAUUGACACUCUGAUCACCUACAAAGGAGUUUCUUUUCACUCAACCUUCAGAUAUGGUGAGCCGGAAAAUACACUCCGACAAGCGUUUUGGAACCACAUCACCACCAUCUCAGCAAAUAGAGACACACUGUGGAUGCUCAUCGGGGAUUUCAAUGAAAUCAUUGAUAAUUCUGAGAAAAGUGGGGGACCAAUCCGAGCAGAAGGUUCGUUCUCCACUUUCCGCACAUUCCUAUCUAAUGGAGACUUGUUUGACUUGAAGCACUUUGGAAACUACCUCUCGUGGAGGGGCAAACGACAUAAGCAUUUGGUCUAUUGCAGAUUGGAUAGAACCGUAGCAAACAGCUCUUAG